ACUUUUUGGCUGGAGCUGGCUGGCACUUGGCCAGAUAUUGCGCCUGUGCCAACUGGCCUCGAAGCUCCUGAGCUGGUGUUUUCCUUUCGCGUCUUACAGCCCUCUCGCCGGCUUCAUUCACCCCGAGGCCAUUCGCAUCUCAACCUCUGGCAGUUCCCACCUCGAGCCAGUCAUUCCUCUGCUACAUCGCGGUCUGAGUUUUUGUUCCCGCCGAUUCGCCAUCUUCGGAGCUCGAGACUGCGGCCUCCGCGCAUUCGAAACCGCAGCCAGGCAACAGGUUAAUUACCCAAGCUGACACCUCGCCUCCUCGACACUCCCUUCUUCCACAUCACAUCGCCAAUCUUCACAUGAGAUAGCUUCCUCCUCCACCCUCUUCAGGAUGCAUUUCCGCGACUUCGCGCCCUCGGCGCUCCUCACCACGCUGCUCGCAGCCCCCCAGCUCGCGUCGGCCUUCUACCUCCCUGGCGUCGCGCCAACCUCGUACAAGCCCGGCGACAACGUCCCCCUAUACGUCAACAGCAUUAAGCCUGUCGCCGCGCCCCAGGACUCUCGAUUGCACUCCGUCGUCUCCUACGACUACUACCACCCCGCCUUCCAAUUCUGUCAGCCCAAGGAUGGUCCCGAGUAUGUGUCGGAGAGCCUGGGCAGCAUCCUCUUCGGAGACCGCAUCAUGACCUCCCCCUUCGAGCUCAAGAUGGGCCAGAACGAGACCUGCAAGUCCCUCUGCAAGGCCACAUACAAGAAGGAGGACGUCAAGUUUGUCAAGAAGCGCAUUGAGCAGGGCUACAGCUUGAACUGGCUCGUCGACGGGCUCCCUGCCGGUCAGCAGAUCCAGGAUCAGCUCACGGGAAGCAUUUUCUACAGCUCUGGCUUCUUGCUCGGACAGGACGAUGACAACGAUAACAUCCUUUUCAACAACCACUACGAAAUCAUUGUCGAGUACCACGAGGUCAACAAGGACCCGAACCAGCUCCGCGUCGUUGGCGUUGUUGUCCAGCCCUACUCCAACCAGUACGGCAGUAAGGUCGACUGCAACGUCGAUAGCCAGCCCAUUGUCUUUGGCAGCCAGGACGGCAAGUCCCAGGAUAUCCAGUUCAGCUACAGCGUGUACUGGCGCAAGUCUGACACUGCUUGGGCCACUCGAUGGGACAAGUACCUGCACGUCUUUGACCCCAAGAUCCACUGGUUCUGGCUCAUCGAUACCGCCAUCAUUGUCGUCAUCCUCGUGCUCACUGUCAUGUCCAUCCUGGUCCGCGCCCUGAAGAAGGAUAUUGCUCGCUACAACCGCCUCGACCAGCUCGAUCUCGACGACCUUGGUAGCAACGGCGCGCUCGAGGAUGGUGGCGUCCAGGAGGACUCCGGCUGGAAGCUCGUCCACGGCGAUGUCUUCCGAAGUCCUUCGCGACCCCUUCUCCUCUCCGUCUUUGCCGGAAACGGCGCGCAACUUUUCGUCAUGACUGGCUGCACCAUCAUCUUCGCUCUUCUUGGUUUCCUCUCUCCUUCCAACCGUGGAUCUCUUGGCACCAUCAUGAUUCUCUUGUACACUGUUCUUGGCUUCGUCGGCGGUUACGUCUCUGCUAGAACCUACAAGGCUUGGCAGGGUGAGAAGUGGAAGCUCAACAUCAUGCUUACCCCCAUUCUUGUUCCCGCCAUUAUCUUCGGAGCCUUCUUCCUCUUGAAUCUCUUCCUGUGGGCCAAGGAGUCCUCCGGUGCUGUUCCAUUCACCACCAUGCUCGUCAUUGUCGCUAUCUGGUUCAUCAUUUCCAUCCCUCUGUCUUUCGCCGGUUCUUGGCUUGGAUUCCGCGCCCCUCAGUUUGAGGCUCCCGUGCGCACCAACCAGAUCCCUCGUCAGAUCCCCCCUGUCACCACCUACCUCAAGCCCUUCCCCAGCAUGCUGAUUGUUGGUCUCCUGCCUUUCGGUGCCAUCUUCGUUGAGCUCUACUUCAUCAUGAGCUCCAUUUGGUUCAGCAGAAUCUAUUACAUGUUUGGAUUCCUCUUCCUCUGCUACGGCCUCAUGAUUGUGGUUUGUGCCGCUGUCACUAUCCUCAUGGUAUACUUCCUGCUUUGCUCUGAGGAGUACAACUGGCAAUGGAGAUCCUUCCUCGCUGCUGGUAUGAGCGGUGGAUACAUCUUCCUCAACUGCCUGCUUUACCUCGUCACCAAGGUUCAGCUGGGCGGCCUGGCCGGUACCGUUCUCUACAUCGGCUACAGUGCCAUCAUCUCCUUCCUCUUCUUCAUCCUUGCCGGCUCCAUUGGCUACUUCUCAAGUUGGUGGUUCGUCCGCAAGAUCUAUGCUUCCAUCAAGAUCGACUAAGUACUGGGUACUCGGGAGGCCUAAGAAAGGCCACACAGAUGAAGAGCUCAUGAUAUCUGGAAUCUGGAGAGUAUGUAAGAACACAUGUACGACCAGCGUCUAGGACUUGAGAUUCAAGUCAUGGAUUUUCUACUCGCGGUAUGGGCUCGCUGGAGAAAGGUGACGGACGGCGUCGAG